GGCUUCAGGCUUCAGGCUUCAGGCACUCUGGGACUCCGCUCCGGAUUAGGGUGGCACCCAUUCCGAACAAGGACUCUUCCUUAACCCUCUUAAGGUCAGCAGAUGCUGCAGAUUGCUGUGGUCGAGGUUAGCGUUGCAUUCCACCAAGGGUGUCUCACUCUUAUCCGGGAAAAUCGUAUCCCUGAAAUUACCUGCACGGAUCUGCUCGAUACACGACCAGAAUCAUGGGCAUUCGAGGCCAAAAUAGUAUUGAUCGCCUAAGGACAGUUUGGACACCAGAAAUGGAUCAUUAUUUUAUUGACCUCAUGCUAGAGCAGGUGGGGAAGGGAAACAGAAUUGAUGAUCAUUUAUUCAGCAAACGGGCAUGGAAACAUAUGACAUCUUUGUUCAAUGCAAAAUUCAAAUUUCAGUAUGAAAAGGAUGUACUGAAAAACCGGCACAAGACACUGAGGAACCUAUAUAAGUCUGUAAAGAAUCUCCUUGACCAGGGAGGAUUCAGCUGGGAUGACACAAGAAAAAUGGUGACAGCUGAUAAUAAUGUCUGGGAUGAGUACAUUAAGGCACAUCCAGAUGCACGAUCAUACAGAAUCAAAACUAUUCCAUACUACAGUGAUUUGUGUUUGAUAUAUAAAAAUGCAAACACUAAAGGAAAAGACUGGCAUUCUGAUCAAGGAAAAAAUAUAUUGGGUUCAGAGAUAUGCGGAUAUUUGGAAGGUAUAAAAUCUCCUGCCACACCAAUUUUUGAUGGAAGACUCGGUGACAAUUUGCCUGAGUCUUCAUCACAAUCAACUGGUAAUGUAGUCACUCGGGCAGGGGGUGUUGAUGAGACAGCUGUGGAGGCUCUCCAUGAAAUCAUGAUUAAUGAAGAUUAUGGAUUUUCUGUGUCCAAAGAAAUUAUGGAUGAUGCUGCUGAAGCCAUACCAAAUGUGUUGUGCACCACUGCAGGCAGUCGCGCAAGGACUUAUUGGCAACCACCAAUGGACCGGUACUUUAUUGACCUUAUGCUAGAGCAGGUGCAGAAAGGGAACCAGAUUGAUGGCUUAUUUCGUAAACAGGCAUGGAUGGAAAUGAUUGCUUCAUUUAAUGCUAAAUUUGGGUCCAGGUAUGACAUAGAAAUACUAAAAAAUCGAUACAAAACUCUGAGAAGGCAAUAUAAUGUUAUAAAGAAUCUCCUUGAGUUGAAUGGGUUUUCUUGGGAUGAUGCGCGCCAAAUGGUGACUGCUGAUGAUUAUGUCUGGCAAGAUUAUAUUAAGGCACAUACAGAUGCACGGCAGUACAUGACCCGACCUAUUCCAUACUACAAAGAUUUGUGUGUAAUAUGCAGAGAUUUAAGCGAUGAUGGUAGAGAAUGCAUUUCUGGUCAAAUUUUAGAACAAGAAGAUGAAGUCCCAGAAGUCAAGUUUGGUGGAGCACUGAGAAAUUCAGAGUCUCUAGUUGCAUCAACUUCUGAUGAGAACCAGAUCAUGCCUAUGCAGGAGCCAUCGCAUGUGGAAUUAGAAUAUGUUUUCUCUGAUCAAAAGAGCAAGCGUCUAUUGGAAAGCUUGUCACAUUCUCCAGAACAAAACAAAGCAAGAAGGAAAGAUGAGGGCAUGGCUGGUGCAGCCAUGUGGGAGAUGGCAACAAUAGUUUCUUCAUUAGCAGAUAAGACGAAAGAAGAUGAGAACCCAAACUCCCUCUCAAUUGAGCACGUCAUUGAAGCUGUCCAGGCCUUACCAGACAUGGAUGAAGACCUUGUGUUGGAUGCCUGUGAUUUGUUGGAGGAUGAAAAGAAGGCUAAAACAUUUUUGGCAUUAGACAUUAAACUACGAAAGAAGUGGCUGUUGAGAAAGCUUCGACCAAACAAUUUGUAGGGUUGGAGUUUUAGUGAUUAAUAUUUGUUUUCUAAUAUGAUUCAAUUGUUCAUUUUUUGUGCAGUUCAGUUGUAGGAAAGAUGAACAAAGAAUAAAGCUGAAAUAGUUGUGGAUGUCAUGAAA